AACGUUAUAUAUGUUUUGUAAUCAUUUAUACGUUUAAUGAAUGCGUUAAUAGUUUGUUAUUUUUUUUCUCGUUUGCAUUGAAUUGUAUUUUACUUUAAAUUAAUUUUAUUUUUAAUAUUUAUUUAUUAAAACAAAUUGUAUUUUGAAAUCCAAUGAAGAGGUCAGACAUCGCUUCCGUUCGGCCGAAGAUUAGGAGCAAAAACACAGAGAAACUGAAUGGAGAACCGCUCGAGAGAAGAACCAUCCGCUUUGAGGACAGGGAUGGCAUUGAGCGCUAUUACCCGGCACUGCACAUAAAGUUCUCUCACGCCAUGGUUUUCGUCAAAUUCAGUCCACCGCCGAUGAAGACAAUCGCAGACUCGCAUCUCACUGGACAAGACUUGGCCAACAAUCCAGAGAUCCAGAAAUGGUUCGCCGAUGUGAACAACUUCGAAGAAAUGGCCAAAACAUUGUUUUGGUCGACUCUUAUAUACGAACGAAGUUUUCAAAUAAGUCUGGAGUCAUAUCUGGGAUCCGCUCCGAGAGAUCACGAGUUAUAUAACUCUUUAAUCACUAAUGAGAUGAAGACGUGUCUUAAAAGAGUUCACAAUUUGGUCUUUCGGUUAUAUCUCAGGAUCUGUUCGUUCUUCGAAACGAAAACAAACUAUAUCUCAGAGAACACAUUCGGAGCCUUACUAUACGACAACUAUUUGAUAGAUUUUCCCAAAAUGAUUGAUCUCUCGGUUCUUUACGUGAACACUGAAUGUUACCAAUUGUUGGCACAAAUGUUGUCGACUGUAAUCGGAUGUCAGCCCCGAUUCGAGGAAGACUUACUUAAAGGUUGCGCUCAUUUCAAGGAAAUGUUCAAUUCUAUUGAGCAAAGACUCGGAACC